GACAGGAUGUUCAUAAUAUACUUCCCUUGUUCUAAAAAACAUCGUCACUUCCAUUCCUUUACAUUUGCUAGUUGCUACCUAAAAAACAAAACAAAUUAAAGAUUUUUCUUUGAGUGAAAUUAUAAUUAAAAUCAACAGAUAAAAGGAAGUGAAAGGUUGAGAGGAAACCAUGGUUCAUUUGCUAGCUAGCUAUCUCUGUAUUCUCAGGUUUCAAGUCUCAUCUAUCCUCCACUUCUACAUUUAAAACACUACAAAACAUACAGCUUCAUCGAUCCGGCCAUAUAUACAAACCCACAUCUCAUCUUCAUUAGGAUAAAGCCCAUCAUCUUCAAUCCCAUUCACCAAUAUCCAUCCGACGCUUGUUAGCAAACACCAUCUUUAGCGUUGCCUGAACUACAUCCCUUCUGCUCCAAUAAUAAUAAUCAAACUCCUCCAUCUCCAUGCACGUAGAUCGAGCCAGAGUGGUAGCUUAUUAAUCAAAGAAAUUAAAGCUAGCAUCGAUCGAUAUCGAUCCCCCUACUGGGCUACUGGCUACUUUAUAUAAGCGCCAUGAAGACUGAAAGAAGAGGUAACUCGAUGCCGGUCUCCCUACCAGCAAAUCAUGGCAUCUUCAACAACCGUCAAGACUCUCUAUCAGGCGCGCUUAAAGGAUGCCUCGGCAGCCUAGAUGGAGCUUGUAUAGAGAAGCUUCUCCUUCACUGUGCAGGUGCCAUAGAGAGCGACGAUGUGACCCUAGCUCAGCAAGUGAUGUGGGUGCUCAACAACGUGGCUUCCUCAGUAGGUGACCCUAAUCAAAGGCUUACCUCAUGGUUCUUAAGGGCACUUAUCUGCAGGGUCUCUAGGAUUUGCCCUGCAGCCAUGAAUUUUCAUGGCACAACAACGCUUCAGAGGAUUCAGACGAGAUCGAUGACCGUGACCCAGUUAGCAGGGUACGUCGAUCUCAUCCCCUGGCACAGGUUUGGUUUUCGUGCAUCGAAUAGUUGUAUCUUCAAGGCAGUGGAGGGGUUCCCAAGAGUUCAUAUCUUGGAUUUUAGCAUCACGCAUUGCAUGCAGUGGCCUACACUCAUCGACGCCUUGGCAAAAAGGCCUGAAGGUCCUCCCUCGGUCCGAAUCACUGUGCCGUCCUGUAGACCGCCGGUCCCUCCCUUGCUUAAUGUGUCGAGCGAUGAAGUUGGUCUCCGUUUGGCGAAUUUUGCCAAGUCCAGGGACGUCCCCUUUGAAUUCCAUGUGAUUAAGGGCUCGUCUUCAUGCAUAAAUGCUUCUGAUGAUCAUCAUGAUCAUAUUUCUUUGGGUGAGUACUCCUCCUCCAACUCCAAUUUUCACCUUGAAUCGCUCAUGGCUCAGCUGAGUCCUUCGAUGCUACAUCUUAGAGAUGACGAGGCCUUGGUCAUCAAUUGCCAAAAUUGGCUACGCUAUUUGCCUGUUGAUCCUGAUGAUGACCCACGGAGCGGCGCUGCGCGUUUAAAGCCUUUCCGGAAUGCAUUUCUAGAGAUGAUCAAGGGCCUGAACCCUUGCAUCGUUACUGUGGUUGACGAGGACUUGGAUUUGGAUGUUUCAAGCAGCCUCAUGUCAAGGAUUACUACGGCCUUCAAUUAUCUAUGGAUACCGUUCGAUGCCCUUGAGACUUUGCCCAAGGACAACCCACAGAGAAUGGAAUAUGAGGCUGAUAUUGGUCAUAAGAUUGAGAACAUCCUGUGUUUUGAAGGGUUGCAAAGGAUAGAGAGGUUAGAAUCUGGUGUCAAGUUGUCACAACGUAUGAAGAAUGCGAAUUUUAUCAGUGUGCCGUUCUGUGAAGACACUGUAAAAGAAGUCAAGUUUUUACUAGAUGAACACGCUAGCGGUUGGGGAAUGAAGAGGGAAGGAGAUAUGCUGGUUCUCACAUGGAAGGGCCACAGCUCAGUCUUUGCUUCGGCUUGGGUUCCAAGUGGCCAGAUUUGAGGACUAAAAGUAAAAGGGCUUGAUCAUCUGCAGGAGAGGCUGCACUAAGGGCUGCAGAAUGGACACAAGACCAAAAAAAAACAGAAGAGCAGGAUUAUCACUAGCAAAAGUUUCAUGCUACGUUUUGUUCUCACCUUUAGCUUGUUUACAUGAAAGGAAAAAGAGAGAAAUGUACAUAUUGUCUUUGAGUGAGACAAACCUAUCCAUUCUGUUGUGCCUCUUUGCAGGCUCAUGACUAGUCAUCCAAGGUAAGUAAGUCAGUAAGUGCUUGUUUUUGCGUUUA